AUGGGGACAGCAACCAAGAGUUUCUGCUGUGAUCCAUGCCGCUUACUACACCAUAAAUGUGAGAGACCCGCCCCUUGCGUGGCAUCGCGACACUACCUUAACACCCGCUCGAGGCGACGGAGACCUACCACAGUGCGGCCGAUGCGCUCGGACUGGACGCACGUGUACACGGAGACACAGAGGGACACAGUUUCGACAGGCGAAGGGUCGAGAAUCUCGCACCCGGUUCCCUCGCAAUCAGGUCUGGCUAAAGCCGCCACCACGAGGUUAGUGGACUUUGUGCUCGAGUCAGGCAGUGGUGACGAUGGCCUGACACAGCACAGUAUACAAGAGGAGUACCUUGCACCAUCGCAUCGAUCCAAGACAGAGGGAAAUAGGAUUGAGAAAUAUCAGCCAGUGGGCAAGAGGCGAAGUGCGCGUACAGUACAGCGUACCUGGCCCUUGAGAAACCCGCAAGAAGCUUCUCUCCUGAAGCAGUUUGUGGACCGCAUAUCACCCUUUUUUGACUGUACAGACCACCAACGGCAUUUCGCGGUCCGCAUACCCCAACGUGCUCGUUACUGCAACACGUUAUUUAACGCGAUCAUGGCCAUGUCGGCUCGCCAUCUGAGCCGCACGAGCACUUUUGACCCGUACGUGUCCGACCAUUACUAUCAAGCUUGUCUCGAAACACUCAUCCCGGCCUUGGAUGACGACGGGGUCACCAUGGACGAUGAUCUGUUGGCGGCCACCGUGAUUCUUCGCCUGCUGGAGGAAUAUGAUGUCCCACUGGCGGGGUCUGAUCUUCGGGGUCAUUCCUUUGGAACCAAGGCCUUCAUUCAAGGACCGCCGCCGUCGGUGACGACGACGCCGAGUUUACGACAAGCGGUUUACUGGAGUGGCCUGCGCCAGGAAAUCUACAAUGCCAUGAGCCUGCGGCAAGCCCCCGAUAUUGACCUCAGCUCGCUUCACUCGCUCUUUACCGCGCUCAGUCCGGAUGCCGUGGACUGCGACUGGGCAAACCAAGCGAUCGCGCAUUGUGCAGAUGUCUUAUUGUUUUGCUUCGGUGCGGGCCCACGCUCUGCGGCGGUGCAUGCCGAUCUCCGGAAGAGAAACGAGCAAUGGAGCGAGAACCGUCCGGCGUCAUUUGACCCCUAUUUCGUCGGCAGCGACGAGGUGCAGAUCGGGGCCACGUUUCCCGACAUUCGUUUCAGUUCUGCAUGGCACGCCAUCGGCAACCAAUAUAACGAACUCGCGGGAAUCUUGCUUGCGGUGCAUGAUCCGGAACUGCCCACCGUCGGGCCUUUGCGAAGACGAUUCGUACAGGGAGCCGAACGCAUAUAUGAACCAGCAACAAAUCCGCCAGGGCGUCUGGACCGUGUGCGGCGUGGCUCUUUCGAACUCCUCCGUGCCUCCAGCGAUGGUGGUAGCCUGCAUGGCCAUUCACGCCGUAAGAAGAGCACCGCGAUCGCGAAAACGUCAGCUAACGGGCGUUGGAAGGUUGGCGAUCGGUUCACGGAUCGACGGGAACAGGAGCAGCUAAUCCAAAUCCUCGUCCGCACGGACUCCCUGCACGGAUGGCCGACACAUGCGCUGCAGCGCCAGCUCCGCGAAACCUGGGGCAUGGACUGA